AUGCUCCCCGGGGGCCCGUUGAAUCAGUACAUCUCUCUGUUUGUGCCCCAGGUUGCACAAGACCUUCUGGCUCGGGCGCUGGACUACUUGACGCUGGGUGCUUCUGAGAAAGACGAACACAUGCUUCUCCAUAAGUCUGCUCAUGCCGUGAAGAACGGCCAGAGCUUCCGUUUCGAUGUGGAUUUUGCUCCUUUUGAGCUGGCAGAACACUACGCCAGCCAGCCUCCGAAAUCGCUAUGGGUCAAGGUGAAAAACACAGAGCCCAUCACCAUGAGAGCUGCCUACUUGGCUGGUCCGUAUGUGUUGUAUGUGGACUGCCGCCCGGACGACUACGACAUUCUGAAAAACGUAUUUGUGACGGCUGACCAGCCCGUGUACGAGCCUCAGCUUCUACCAGGUCAGAGUUUCUAUGUGGAAUUGCUGUGCCAUCAGUAUAAGCCUCAUUAUAGAUGGACCAUAGAUGUUAUUUCUCAGGCGAUCUUUAAUGUUUCUGUGGCUACGAAUUUUGAGGUGUCCAUUGCGGCCAAGAGGGAGUGGCUCUCGGAGUCGAAUGUUCAAGUUGUGCCUCAUCCCUUUGUGCUGGUACUGAUCCACGAUACUCUCGAUCUCUGGAAUAUGCCUGUUCCCGAUACUUCCCGUCCAAUCCACUUGGUGAUUUUGACCCACGGCCUCCACGCCAAUGUCCUGUCGGACAUGUUCUUCUUGAAAGAGCAGAUCGACAAGAGGAUGGGUGACGAGAAUGUCGUUGUGAAGGGAUUCUUUGGCAACGUCUGCAAAACGGAACGAGGCGUUAAAUACUUGGGUUCUCGUGUCGCUGAGUACGUUGUUGACCUUAUCACUGAAAACGAAACACUCAAAGGGAACGUCACAAAGAUCUCGUUUAUUGGCCAUUCCUUAGGAGGACUAGUGCAAACCUUUGCCGUGGCGUACCUUGAGGCUAACUUUCCCUGGUUUUUUCGAAAAGUCCAGCCCAUCAAUUUCAUUACCUUAGCCUCUCCUAUGAUUGGCGUCGUUCACGAAAAUCCCGUAUACAUCAAGUUGGCGCUCUUGGCCGGUGUCGUGGGCAAAUCAGGCCAGGACUUGGGUCUACAGUACACCGAGUCAAACAACAAACCAUUGUUGCUUUUGCUUCCCACCGGCCCUACACAUCGCAUUCUCAAACGUUUCGUUCGCAGAACAGUCUACGCUAAUGCCGUCAAUGACGGUAUUGUUCCGCUUCGAACCUCUGCAUUGCUUUAUCUAGAUUACGACGGGUUGACUGCUCUCGGAAGAGAUACCAAACCGGGAACCACUGGUGAAAUUCCACAGGAGCUUCCUGACAACGAGGAUAGCCAAACACUGGCUCUAAGCGCCAUACUCUCAUACUUCUUGCCUCAAAAGCACCGCAAGAGCGACGCUGGGCAGUACAAUCGUUUCCAAACAACAAGCCAGGAAAACAACAGCAAAGAGGGGACCUUUGGCGGGCUUCCAAAAUCCUCUUUUGUGGAAAGUGCUGCCUCGAUGAUGCUUCCGCCACAGCCUUCGUUAAAAUACAUCACCAACCCAGGGGCACGAGACAACAUCAUCAUGCACGAUAAAGUGUACCAUGACUCGGACUUACCGCCUUUCAGAAUUGACGAUUCAGCGGAGGACGAGAACAAGAGCAUGAUCCAGAAAUUAACCGCAAAGAGCGAGUCCAUCACCAAAUUUGCUAAAACCAAGAAGAUGGAGAGACUCGAGGAGGAAAUCGCUCGUGAAUACCACAAGCUGAUGCUGUGGAGAAAGGUGCUUGUGGAGCUUAAACCGGAUGCUCAUAAUAAUAUCGUCGUUAGAAGGCGGUUUUCCAAUGCCUAUGGGUGGCCUGUGAUUCAACAUUUGAUAGCAAAUCACUUUGACGUUGAUGGCACCACCACGCCGGAGCCCUCUGAAGACGAAAGCAUGGACUUGUCUGAGGAAUCGUCAGCUUUGGGCAGAAUCCUUCUGAGAGACGUCAUCCAAAAGGAAAACGAAGACAUCGAUAGAGAGUCGCUCAACGAGCCUGCGGAACAUGCAUGGAUCAAGGCAGAUGCCGAUUCAGAGUCUAUGUUUGCUGUAGGCCCUGCUGGUCUUCUACUGGAUGUGAGCGAGAUGAUGUGGAAACUCAAGGACCAGUGGGAGAACCGCAGUGUGGACCGCAGCAUCGACGAGGCCACGGCUCUUGAUAGCGACCCGUUUGAGGGCAAGAAGCUGGUUAUGGACAGCUUCAUGUGA